AUGCAUUGCCUAGCUGCUACCAUGCUCGUGUUGCUCUGCUGCUGCUGCUUGUUCCUCGCCACGCAGCAGCAGCAGCAGCAGCAGCUACAGCCAGCCGCCGGUGGUAACAGAGAGAGCCCGAGCUGCAUACCACACGAGAGGGACGCCCUGCUGGCAUUCAAGGACGGCGUCACCAGCGACCUUGGCGGCGUCCUCAGCUCGUGGCGGCGAGACGGUCGCCACGACGAGCAAGACUGCUGCAGGUGGAGAGGCGUCCGGUGCAGCAACCGAACUGGCCACGUGCACGAGCUUCGACUUGGAGGUGGAGGCACCUUCCAACCAGAUUUGGCCGGCCAGAUAAGUCCUUCUUUGCUUGCUCUGGAUCACCUAGAGCACCUUGACCUCAGCAGGAAUGAUCUAGCAGGGCCAACGGGUCGUCUUCCCGAGUUCUUGGGUUCUCUAAAGAAUCUCAAGUAUCUUGACCUCUCUGGCAUACCGUUCUAUGGUGGCCUACCUCCCCAACUUGGCAACUUGUCAAGGCUACAGUAUCUAGAUCUUUCCAACUUAUACUAUGGAGGCAUGAACUCGACGGAUCUCUCAUGGUUAACACACAUUCCUUCCAUACAAUAUCUUAACUUGAACAGAGUGAACCUCAGCAGCACAGUAGCGGAUUGGCCUCGUGUCAUGAAUAUGCUUCCUUCUUUGAGGGCGCUCCAUCUUUCAUUCUGCUCUCUUGCAAGCGCAAACCAGUCACUGCCACACCUGAACCUUACAUAUCUCGAGGAGCUGGAUGCCUCCCUGAACUCCUUCCACCAUCCAAUGGUGACCAGCUGGUUCUGGAACAUAACAAGCCUUAGAUUCCUUUACCUCAACUACACUAGUAUGUACGGUCAAUUUCCGGAUGCUCUUGGAGACAUGACAUCCCUGCAAGUCCUUGAUCUUUCAUAUCUUUUUUAUUAUCAUGAUGAUGACAAGAACAUGCGCAGCAUGACCAUGGAUCUGAAGAACCUAUGCAAUUUGGAGGAAUCUACCUCGAUGUUCACCCAACAAAUUGCAAGAAUUGGACCUCGGUUCAAACCAUUUAACCGGAUGUUACCAAGAUGGAUAGGGCAAUUCAUGAGCUUGGUCAUUCUAAACUUCAACUGGAACAAGAUCACAGGAUCUCUCCCAACAUCUGUAGGACAAUUUACUGGUUUGCAGAUCCUUGACCUCUCUUUCAACAACCUAAACGGACAUGUCCCAUAUGAGAUUGGAAAGCUUAGUAAUCUGACCUAUCUGGAUCUAAAUACAAAUAAACUAGAUGGCACGAUAACCGAGGAACACUUUGCUAGUGCAAGGAGCUUGCAAUAUAUAGACUUGUCAUAUAAUGCCCUCAAGAUUGAGAUCAGCUCGGACUGGCAACCACCAUCUACAUUAAAGUAUGUAUCCUUUGCAUCCUGCCAGAUGGGCCCACUGUUUCCUGGGUGGCUUCAGUGGAAUGUGAGCAUCACCUAUCUUGAUAUCUCGAGUGCAGCUAUAGCUGAUAGGAUUCCACAACGGUUCUCCGAUGCCUUUUCAAAUGUUUGGUUCAUGAACAUCUCCAACAAUCAACUCAACGGAACUUUGCCGGCUGAUAUGGGCUCCAUGUCACUUCUAGAACUCUACCUUAGUUCAAACAAAUUAACUGGUCAGAUACCCACGCUGCCACCAAACAUACAUACCUUGGACUUGUCCAAUAACUUCUUGUCAGGACCUCUGCCCUCUGCUACUAGAUCCGCCAAACUAAGACAGCUUUCUCUGUUCUCCAACCGACUCACUGGUCAUAUUCCUGAAUCUUUUUGUAAAUAUCAGCAAUUAGUUGUGUUGGACUUAUCCAACAAUUUUUUGGAGGGAGAACCGCCGUUGUGCCUCGGGGUAACGGAAUAUAUGGAAUUUGUAGCCUUAAGUAACAAUAGUUUGUCAGGAAAGUUCCCGUCUUUUCUGCAAAAAUUGACAAAUGUGCACUUCCUAGAUUUGUCUUGGAACAAAUUCUCUGGAAGAUUGCCAAUGUGGAUUGGAAGCUUAACAUCAUUAAGAGUUAUACGAUUAAGUCACAACAAGUUCUUUGGCAGCAUUCCAAUGAACAUCACAAACCUUUCUUGCCUUCAGUACAUGGAUCUAAAUAACAAUAAGAUAUCAGGCUCUCUGCCGAUCUACCUAUCAAAUCUUAAAUUUAUGACAAACACAUACAUGAUGGGUUGUUAUGAUAGAACUGAGAUAGUUUUAUCUCAUCUUAAUAGUUUGUCUACGGUCUGGAAGGGGCACGUAUUGAGCUAUGGUACCAUUCAAAGAAUUGUGGAGACAAGUAUGACGAGCAUUCAUUUAUCUUGGAAGGGGCAGGAAUUGUACUAUGGUUCCAUUCAAAGAAUUGUGGAGACAGGUAUGACGAGCAUUGAUUUAUCUUCAAACGACUUAACCGGUGAAAUUCCAGAAGAAAUAGUUGCUCUUGUUGGGUUAGUGAAUUUGAAUCUGUCAAGGAACCACUUGACCGGAGUUAUUCCAAAGAAGAUAGGGGAAAUGCGAUCACUGCAAUCAUUGGACCUCUCGAGGAACAUGCUUUCAGGGGAAAUACCAGCCAGCCUGUCAAAUCUGACGUUCUUAAGUUACUUGGAAUUAUCAUACAACGAUCUUACAGGAAGAAUUCCAUCGGGAGUACAGCUUGAUACCCUGUAUGCAGGGUAUCCAUCUAUGUACAUUGGCAACAUCGGUCUUUGUGGACAUCCUCUUCAAAACAAUUGCUCGAGUGAGCGUCAUGCACCAAAGCAAGGUGGCCUGGGAAGAACUGAAGAAGGUUCUGGGAUACCAUUCUUUUAUCUUGGACUCGGGUGCGGCUUCGUGGUUGGUAUAUGGAUUGCAUUUGGUGUUUUGUUGUUUAAGAGAAACUGGAGAAUUGCUUGCUUUCGAUUCUCGGACAAGUUGUACGACAAAGUAUAUGUCCUUGUUGCUACAUGGGCCAGAGCAAGACAAACACAAACUGAUUAG